UAACCGCCUUUUCUUGCAGAGUUUUCAAAGGUCCAUGGGACUUCAGAAGAUGGUUGACAGGUGGCGAAAUUCACACACUCACUGUCUGUGGCAGAUGACACUGAGCCAGAGGAGAAACCCUUAUGCCACCCUAAGGAUGAGGGAUAUCAUGGUACAGGAGCUGGCACUGGCAAACAAGCAACUACUGAUGGUUCGACAGGCUGCCCUGCACCAACUGUUUGAAAAGGAGCAUCAGCAGUACCAGCAGGAACUAAAUCAGAUGGGCAAAGCUUUUUAUGUGGAGAGACUCUGAUACCACCUGAAACACUGUCCUUUCAUUUUCAUCAUGCCCAGUAACCUGCCCUUCUUGAGCCCCUACCACCUGGAACUUCUUUUCCAAAACACACCUGGAGCUAGUCCCCUGCCCACUCACACCUCUGAAGCCCUGAUGCUAUUUGGAAAACAAUCUAUAAAACAGUGGUGAAAACAAGAGUGACACCUUGUGGUCAGAAUGAGAUAUGCAGUGUUGAUGUAAGUGUGGGGAGGGGAAGUGGAGAGAUGGACAAUGGGAGAGAAUCCUGAUUUGGUUUAACAAAUGAAGCUAGCUCUUAAACUCUUUUUAUUUAUUUUUUAUUUUUAGAGAGGGGGAGGGAAGGAGGAGUGG